CAAGUCGAAUUGCGAAACGAAGAGUGCGGUUCUUCAAUAACAAUCCCAACUGUUUACAUACAGAGCAGACAUGAAGCUCGUGCUUUUCAACUUGGCGACCGCCUUGAUCUUGGGUCUGGCGCAGGGAUCACCCUUCGAGAUCACCGAUCAUUACAUUCAAAGCUACAAAGAUGGGAUUGCGGAAUUGAAGGCCUCCGCGGCUCUGCACCAUCCGGUUGAAAGGAGUUUCGCUGCCGAAUACGCUGAGGCUGAAGUUAAAUCAGAACCACAUGAAUAUGAUUUUAUCAUCGUCGGUGGAGGAACCGCUGGCGCCGUCCUUGCCAGCAGAUUGAGUGAGGUACCGGAAUACAAGGUUCUCCUUUUGGAAGCUGGUGGAGAAGAAACCAAGAUUACCAAGAUCCCAGGCAUGCACAAAGUAUUGGGAGCCUCCAAACACGCUUGGGGAUAUCACACCGAACCACAAGAAACCUGGUGUUUAGGUCAUGAAAAUAAGAUAUGUCCGGUUGUGACUGGCAAGAUCCUUGGCGGUUCUUCGGCCAUCAACGACAUGAUCUACACCAGGGGAAACGUCCGUGAUUUCGACCUCUGGGCUGAUCUCGGCAACGACGGUUGGUGCUACGACGACGUACUUCCAUAUUUCAAGAAAUCCGAGAACGCCCAUCUCCACGAAUUCGAUCGUAAAUUCCACAACCAAGGCGGUCUUCUCAGCGUCGAGGAUCCGCACUACCUCUCCAAUCUGUCUCACGCUUUCCUCGCCGCCGGUAAGGAGUUGGGAAAGAACAUCGUAGAUUACAACGGCAAAGACCAAUUGGGCUUCUCCGUGCCACAAUUGAACACCGAGAACGGCGAAAGAACCAGCACUUACAACGCCUUCAUCAAGCACUUCGCUACCCGCAAGAAUCUCGUGGUGCGUCCAUUGAGCCAGGUCAUCGAGAUCCUGAUCAGCCCGCACUCCAAGGAAGCUCAAGGUGUUAAGUACGUUCACGAGAAAGAAGUGAUCGCUGCUAAAGCCAGCAAAGAAGUUAUUCUGACCACCGGUGCCAUCAACUCCGCUCAACUUCUGAUGCUCUCCGGAGUUGGCCCGAAGGAGCAGUUGGAAAGCUUAGGAAUCGAAUGCAUCAUUGAUUCUCCAGUUGGACAAUACCUGAAGGAUCAUCCUACUUUCAAGGGAUUGAAUUACAUCUACCCGAUUGAAGAGCAUCACGACGACCACGAACACGACAUCAUCAACUACCUGCGCAACGGAAAAGGACCUUUGACCGUACCCGGAAUCGAAGCUCUCGCCUUCCUGAAGACCGAAGCCUCCAAAGACACUGCUCACUACCCAGACGUCUACUUCACUUUCGUCCCGCACCCCAAGACUGCCGAGCACGAGGCCAACUUCGAUGUUCAGAUUACUUUGACUCAUCCAAAAUCCACCGGAUACGUAGCUCUUAAGACCAAGGACCCAUUGAACUGGCCCAAGAUCAGUUUGAACCAUCUUUCCGAUGCUGACGAACACGAUAUCACCACCAUGUUGGCUGGCAUCCGCUUGGCCCAGCACCUCUGCGACACAGCCGCUCUCAAGGGAUCCAAACUCAACGAUCAACCGAUCGACGGAUGCGCCAGCGAAGAGCAUCCCUUCAACUCUGACGGAUACUGGAAGUGCGCUAUCAAGCAUGCCACCUACAGCGCCGGACACUACACCGGAUCUUGCAAGAUGGGUAAGGAGGCUGUCGUCGACAACGAGCUGAGAGUACACAACGUCCACAAGCUGAGGGUGGUCGAUGCUUCGGUAAUCCCCGUAUCCAUCACCGGUCAUCCACAGGCCGCCACCGUCAUGAUCGCCGAGAAAGCCGCCGAAUUGAUCAAGCACAGCUGGAAAUAAGCUGCAACAGCCGCCGCUAAUUCAAUAUACUAUUGCGCUGACAAUUGAAUUAUUUAUGUAUUUAAUUAUUGUAACUUGUAAGAAAUAAACGUACUUUAAGAAGUAA